AAACUCAUAUUUCAUUUAUUUUCUCAGACAAAAGGCAUCAUCCUUGUCCUGGGACAGACCGUGUUCGCCUUGGUGGUUUUCUUCCUGGACUAUCUGUUGUUCGAAAGUCUUGACAUCAUACGUCGCCACAGCCUGGUCACCACCACCAUGAAGGGACAUCACCUACUGGAUGUAAAAGUUCUCGGUGACGGAGCAAUGGCGAACGUCAUAAAAACCAUGUUCAAUUCCAUGGAGAACCAGAAACACACGCUUGACCACGUCAGCACCAACAAACACUGCCUGCCGCACCCGACCGAGCUGGAGUCGUGGUACCUGUGGGUUGUGCUCGGGAUCUACGUCGCGCAGGUGGGCCUGUAUUACAUCGAGGCGUACGCACUGCGACUGCGCAGGGUCAUCGCCAGUUUCUUCUACAGAAGGAGAGCCAAGAAAAGAACGCUGCACCUGUACAACGAAUUUAUGAGGAAGCGGGUCGGUUUUCUCACGCACAUGCGCAAGAAGAUCCGACGCUUAGUGAGAGAGAAAAAGCUAUCGGUGGAGACGGCUUUGCCGACGAUCUUGCGCUACAGGUUCCCGUGCCUGUUCGGCUGGCUGAAAUGGUUCGGCCUGGGGAAGAAACAAUGUCUGAUCUGUGACGACAAUGAGAACAAGUUCACGCACCACUGUACCGGAUGUAUGUACGUGUACUGCCGACAGUGCUGGCGGGAUAUGAAGAAAACGUGCUACAACUGUGACCCGGUCUACACCUCAGAAGACACACAGACAAGCGACACGUCCUCCAGCAGCGAGGAGGAUUGACUCAAGAUGGCAGACAAGGAACCGGUUCUACUUAGAACUGAUAUGCCAUCGCAUAAAAGCACAUUAUAGACCACAAAAGUCCGAUGAAUAAGAACUAAUUAUUUAAUACAUAUAUGUAGAAAGCAUACUGAUGAAAAACACAACACUCCUUUGUAUCUAUCACACCUUCCUUUAUUCAACUCUUAUAAGAUUCUCUACCGACACUACAAUAACAUGACUCCGGGAUUUGCAGAAAAAUAGUGAAUGAAUGGAUGAAUGAAGACCUUUAUUGUACAGUUUUGCCCAACCGAGCUAAGUACAGGUCACAACAAGUCAAGAUAUAAAGUAUCACAAAUCUAGUCUAACACAAAAGUUUGGCUUCUUCU